AUGGGGGGAGGGGUGGGGGCACUGGCUCAUCAGUGUGAGGACAAGUGUGGAAACAGUUUUGCUGAAUUUAGUACCCUUCUAAAACACCAGCGUAUUCACACAGGAGAGAAACCGUAUAACUGCACUGAGUGUGGAAAGAGUUUUAUUCAAAGUAGUGACCUUAAAGUACACCAGCGUGUUCACACUGGAGAGAAGCCGUAUCACUGCUUAGAGUGUGGAAAGAGUUUUGCUAUACAGGGUAAUCUCCAACGACACCAGCGCAUUCAUACAGGAGAGAAGCCAUAUCACUGCUCAGAGUGUGGGAAGAGUUUUACUACGCAGAGUCAUCUCCAAGGACACCAGCGCAUUCAUACAGGAGAGAAGCCAUAUCACUGCUCAGAGUGUGGAAAGAAUUUUACUAUGCAGAGUCAUCUCAAACAACACCAGCACAUUCACACAGGAGAGAAACCAUAUUACUGCUUAGAUUGUGGAAAUAAUUUUACUGUGCAGAGUAAUCUCAAACUACACCAGCGUAUUCACACAGGAGAGAAGCCAUAUCACUGCUCAGGGUGUGGAAACAGUUUUUCUUGUCGGAGUACGCUCCAAAAACACCAGCGCAUUCACACAGGAGAGAAGCCAUUUCAGUGUUCAGAGUGUGAAAAGAGUUUUACUCAAAGCAGUGACCUUAAAGUACACCAGCGUGUUCACACAGGAGAGAAGCCAUAUCACUGCUUAGAGUGUGGAAAAAGUUUUACUCAACGGAGUACACUCCAACAACACCAGCGUAUUCACACAGGAGAGAAGCCGUAUUACUGCUCAGAGUGUGGAAAGAGUUUUACUCAAAGUGGUGACCUUAAAGUACACCAGCGUGUUCACACUGGAGAGAAGCCAUAUCACUGCUCAGAGUGUGGAAAGAGUUUUGCUCAACAUGUUAACCUAAAAAAACACCAACGUAUUCACACAGGAGAGAAACCGUAUCACUGCUCUGAGUGUGGAAAGAGUUUUGCUCAACAGGGUACCCUUCAAAACCACCAGCGUAUUCACACAGGAGAGAAACCAUAUCACUGCACAGAGUGUGGAAAGAGUUUUACUCAAAGUAGUGCCCUUAAAGUACAUCAGCGUAUUCACUGUAAGUUGUGAGAUUCUUUUUUACCAUGGGUCAACUAUGUAACUUUACUGCAGCUUGUAUUUAAAUGAAAGGUUUACAUUGCUGUCU